AAGGUGCGCUUGCUUUUUGGUGGUUGCGAUCGCCACAAGAGUGAAUGAAAAAGAACCUCUCAACGACGACGACGACGGAAGAGAACGGAGCAGCAGCCAACAAGCAAGUCCAAGCAUCCCUCGCAGGAGGAGGACGAGGAAAAAAAAGUGAAGCCACCAAAGCAGGCGCCGUCGUCCGCGCGGAACAAUAGUGUUUUUGACAGCUUUUUCACUGUUUGUAAACAGUGAAGUGCACAAUCGAUAGAUUGGCCGCGGUGGGUGGUAUCAGUUUUGUGGAGAAACGGGUUCCGGGAAGACCGCCCCGCCGCCGUCGUCGAUGGAGUACGGGAGAAGGGAAGUGGCGGAGCAGCAGUAGUGAAUUGGAAUUGGUUGGCCCCUUCGUCCGGGGCGCUGGGAAAAAUAGUGAAUUCAAAAGUAGCAGCAGCGAUUAGUUGGGAAGUUUUUAGUUGCCUUCUUUCUGGAGAGAUCGCUUUGUACUUUCUCGCGAGGCCUCCUCGGCAUUUGCGAUUUGCAGUGGCGAGCUGGAGCAAAGAGAACCUUGAAAGCCUCGCGUUUUUUUUUCUUCUCCACACAUCUCAUCGCCCUUCUUCUUCGUCGUCAUCGUAUUGCCACCACUGCCUUCGUGUGGCCUAGCUUUACUUGACUGUCGUGUAGUCAUUUUGGUGGUGGAGAGUUAUUGCUUGCCAGCUAGGCUAGGCCAGGGCGCUCUAGAGCGGGCCUCGUCCAAAAGGGCAUCGACCCUGGGAGCUGCCACCGGAGUCAGAUCGUGUGACCAGGAAGUGACGCAAUCAGAUUGGGCGGAACCGUCCAGAAGCGUUUUGUGCGAGUGUAUCUUUAGCUGGAAUUCCGGGACGUUUUCCCCUCUCUUCACCUUCCGUCCCGCCCGCGACAGUAUAACGGGACGACGAAGGUAGUAGCAGCAACAACAACAACACAAACAAACAAACCAAGCAGCGAUGGAGCAGCUGCAGAUUCAGGAUCUGCCUUUCUGUCGGCUCUGCUUCACGCAGGGCGUCGAGCUGUACGAGAUCUUCCCGGGGGCGGGCAACGACAACGAAUCUCUGCUCAUCAAGAUUAUGGACUGCGUCACCGUGGCCAUCACAUUCGACGACGAUUACAAUUCGUACAUUUGCGCCAAGUGUGUGACCACUGUCGAGGAAUUUUACGACUACAAGGAAAAAUGCAAGGAGAACGACACGCUGCUGCGCGACAAGCGAAAAUCCGUCGACCAGACCGCGAUCUACAACGUGGUCAACAUGCCGUCGGAGGAGGAGGUAGCCAACAGCAACGGCAGCAGCGCCGUCGGCCAGGAGCUGGCCACGAUCGACGACCAGCAGAUGACGCUCGAGCAUCGCAUCAGCAUAGAGGGCGGCGCCCCGCUCAACGGAAAUAUCAUCGAGUUCAAGAAGCAACUGUUUACCGCAUCGCCCGACCAGCUCGGCAUCUGGAUUUGCGUGGCCUCGGGCAGCGACAUCCAGUGUCCGGCCAUGAUCCAGGUUGACGAGAACGUGCAGGUCGUUGCCGAGAUUGGACAGCACAACCACGGACUACCGGUAUCGGUAACGGAUAAUCCUCAAGAUACCAAGCCUCAACUGACCCCGCAACCGCAGCAACAACAACAGCAGCAGCAGCAGCAGCAACAACAGCAACCGCAACAACAGACAGUUGUUACCUCUCCGCAAUCGGCGAGUAAGAGUGCCGGAACGGCCGGCACCAGCUCCGGCAGCAGUUCGAGCAAGAAACGCAAGGCAAAGGAUCAACCGAGCAAAAGGAAGAUUUCCAACGACAUUCUCGUCGGCGAUGGCUGGCUCGUGGACGUGGACAGCCAGAAGCGUCACCACUACCAGCUCGUCACGAAGGACGGCUAUCAGACGUUUCUGAUUUUCAACGGUUAUCGCUUCCGCACGCAGCAAAAGAUUCGCAACGGAAUCGCGUCGUGGAAGUGUGCCUGGAACGGGCGCAAGGGCUGCCAGGCCAUCCUGCACAUUACCGAGGACUACCAGAAGGUCAAGGAAGUAGGCAAUCCGCACAACCACGAACCGUCGCUGCGAGAUCGGAUGAUUUCGGGCAAACCCGCCAACGGCAGCGAUGUCUCGAUGAUGGCCUCGGACGGCGAUGAAGAAAGCAUGCACGCCGCCGGAGUUGAGUUGCAGCACAUUACCAUUGCGGCAGCUGUCGGUGGACACGGAGGUAACAGCAGCAGCAGUAACAGCACGCACUCGGUUACGCUGGCGAAUGCCACCGUAACUGGCGGCGGAGGCCCCACCUCGACGGUGGUCACCAGCAGUGCACUGGGCGGCCUCGACGGCGUCACAACGGGCAGCCACAGCUCGUCGCUCGAGCAUCUGUCCUCGUCGGAGAUUGUCGACUUUGUCCAGCAGAACAGUAGCGGCAGUGACCAGCUCGUAACGACGGUCGUCGAUGCGGACGUUCAUCACGCGGCCGUCGUCGGCGGAGUCGUGGUGGAUGACGACGUCGUCAAGGAUACGGAUACGGCGAUGCCGAUGGACAUUGAGGAGAUCAUACGGCCCCACGUUGUGCUGCAUUCGGCGAACGAAUGAACGAGGCGCGCGGGGGGAAAGGAAAGGAAGGAGAUUUUACAGUGAAGGAAGAAACACAAUGAAAUCAUGGUUAUUCAAGAAAUGCUAUCGAGAUGGGAGGACAAGAUUAUGGAUGAAUACAGUGCGGCGCGGAUAUUCUCAAAAACCCUAAAAUAAUAUAUAUUUUUAAAUUGUGUAGCAUCGUGAGAAGUGGAGCGCUGGAAGAAUGAUUCUAAGGGGGUUUUAAGCAAAAAGACUAGCGUUUAAGAUUUACGAUUACGGAUAACGCAUUAAGCAAAAUGUGCUGAAACAGAAGGCAGUAUGAGUAUAGAAAUGUAGUCGGUAAGUAACGUACAUCUAAGCUUCUUUGUGUAAAUUGCCAAACUUAAUAAACCAUAAUAAAGAUCA